CACCUUUCUGCUUCACUCAGCCCUUCRCUCUGUAGAACAAAAGGCAACUGCAGAAGCUGGAUGUUAGAGAGAGAGAGAAAAAAAAAACUUUAAAGAAGCCAAUAAAGUGCAAGAGAACUUCGAAGAGCAUUCGCCARAUCUCUUGGAUUAUAAAAUAACGACGUCUGGAGAACCAGUUUUAAGGUUCUUCAUUCCUCUACAUACACAAAAUCCAGCAAACUUCUGGACCCCAGUUCGCCUCACCUCCUUGUUCCACCCUCUGAGAGAUGGUAACGUUCAGCAAGAACCCUGCUGUCAACGACGACUGCUUUAUGGUUGCCAAGAUGCAGAAGCAAUACCACUACAAGACUUUCGUCUCAGAGGAUCAGUUUCUGAUGGUUCUGGAGACGUUACGUGGUCUCAGAGAGAGUGACUUUUACUGGAGCGCCAUCACUGGGAAGGAGGCCGGCAUUGUCCUGUCCAGGCAGGCGCCCGGUACUUUCCUGAUCCGGGAGAGCUCCGACAGACAGCACCUCUUCACCCUCAGCGUCAAGACAAACACCGGCACCAAAAAUCUGCGCAUAGUCUGCGAGGAAGACUCCUUCCACUUGCARACGGAUCCCGGGAAUGUGGAAAAAGCUCCCCGUUUCAACUGUGUGCUCAAGCUAGUCGAUUUCUAUAUCCGACUAGGGACAUCGGGUUUUGUCUACUACAUCAACGCUGGAGGGGAGAGGAUGCCUCUUAUGCUCGUCAAACCACUCUACCUAUCCAUUUCACCU